AUGGCGCAAAACGAUUCUGUCUUCGUCGCGCAAACUAUCGUCGUGCAAAUAGUAAAACAUAGUAGUGAGUUGGAGGAGCUGCAAGAUGAUGCUAACCCAAAUUUUGUGGAGGAAAUUGCUACAUCCUACUACCGAGAUUCAUCUAGAUCACUCCAAACCAUAGAGCUGGCGCUAGAGAAGACCCCUCGUGAUUUUAAUAAAUUGGACGGCUACAUGCAUCAGUUCAAGGGAAGUAGCUCAAGCAUCGGAGCCAAAAAGGUAAAAGCUGAGUGCCAACAGUUCAGGGAAUAUUGCAAGGCAGGAAAUGGAGAAGGAUGCAUGAGGACUUUCCAAGCAUUGAAGAAAGAGCAUGCAACACUGAAGAAGAGGCUUGAGGCUUAUUUUCAGAUGGCAAGGCAAGCUGGGCCUAUUGAGACAGCAUGUCGCCCCAAGUGAAGAAAAAAUUAUUAACAGCCA